AUGACGAUAGAGAGUUCAUUUGUCCAGCCAGCUAUUCUGAAAUUUGAUGGCUACUAUGAUCACUGGGCAAUGCUCAUGGAAAACUUCUUGCGUUCCAAGGAGUAUUGGGGACUUGUGGAGAAUGGAGUUCCUGUAGUGGCUGAAGAUGUUGUUCUCACAUAUGCACAGAGGAAGCACAUUGAAGAUCAGCAGUUAAAGGAUUUGAAGGCAAAGAACUAUCUAUUUCAUGCAUUAGAUCGUUCUAUCCUAGAGACAAUUCUAAACAAAAAGACUACGAAGGAUAUUUGGGAUUCUAUGAAACAGAAAUUUCAAGGCACCACACGAGUGAAGUGUGGAAAUUUGCAAGCUUUGAGAAAGGAAUUCGAAAUUCUUCACAUGAAGUCGGGAGAAAUUGUGAAUGAAUAUUUCUCUCGCACUCUUGCCAUUGCCAACAAAAUGAAAGUCAAUGGUGAGGAUAAAGGAAAUACUGCUGUUGUUGAAAAGAUUUUACGAUCUAUGACUUCCAAAUUUGAUUAUGUUGUUUGUUCCAUUGAAGAGUCUAAAGAUUUAGACACUUUAACCAUAGAUGAGUUGCAGAGUAGUCUUCUUGUCCAUGAACAACGCAUGACCUCUCAUGUGUUAGAAGAAGAACAGGCUUUGAAAGUUACUCAUGGAGAUCACUCCAGAAGUAGAGGUCGUGGUCAUGGAAAUUAUAAAGGAAGAGGAAGAGGACGAAACAGAAGAUCUUUUGAUAAGGCUACUGUGGAGUGCUAUAAUUGUCACAAGCUAGGACAUUUUGCAUGA